AUGAGUGAUUCCUUUGCCGACCUGUGGAAUUCGACUGGAGCAGCAACGACCAAGCCCUCUGAAUCGUCGCGAAAGUUGGGAUCUCUGACACCUGUGGUUCCUCCAUCUCUCAAUGCUCAGAAUGAUGUCUUCUCUAUGCUCGCAUCGGCAGGCACGUCUAGUCCAGCUUCACGCACAGCCUCGAACUCAGCUAAUGGCGCGAGGAUGACAAUUGCGGAACGAGCGGCUCAGGCAGAGAGGGAGAGACAAUUGCAGAUCCGACAGCAGCAGGCAAAGGCGAAGCAGCAGGCGUCUGCGUGGGCGGGACUCGAUUCAUUAGGCGAGUUCACGUCCAGGCCGUCGUCGACUUCACAACCUGCUGUGUCUGCUGACAGUGACUGGGGGUUUGGCCUGGAGGCCACGACUGCAUCGACAUCGUCUGGUACCGCAAAUGCUGCUCCUGUGUCUCAGAAUGAUUGGGGUUUGGACGACUUCAUCUCACAACCGGCACCUUCGAAACCAGUCGCAGCUCCCCAGACCAGCUCUUUACUAGACCUGGAUGAGUUCACUUCGCCGUCGACUGUGCAACCGCAACGAUAUACCCCAGAUGUACGGUCAAACACACCAGGAGAUUUCGAUUUCGGAGACCGUGAAGACCGGUUGCUCAGCGACCACUCUGACGAGGAUGACAUUCUGGGUGAACUGAGUAAACCGGUUACCGAGCGACCUGCACAGCCGAUCGUGGAAAUGGGCUUCUCCAUCCAACAGGCGCGAGUUGCGCUCGCUGCCACUGAUACUGGAUUAGACGUGCAGGCGGCCCUGGAGACCCUUUUGUCGAAUGGCGCCGCGUCAGACUCACAACCUUCGGAAAGACCGCGGGAAGACCAGCGCAAUGCUCAACGCGAGCCAGGAUGGGAGCGAUAUUAUGAGUCAGACGAAGAUCAGCCUCGCAGCACUUCGUCCCGUCGGCGCACGGCGCCUACCAGUCGCUCUACUGCUCCCAACCGUGCCAGUGAGCCCACUGCGCGGGACGGACCCUCUCCUUCUGAUGAUUCGCAACGGCACUUGCAGGAACAGGCCGACAAGCUCAUCGCUCAAGCUAGCGAGAUCGGGCUCAGCAUGUUCAAUCGUGCGAAUGCGUUCUGGAAGGAGGGCAAGGAGAAGGUGCAGCGUGCGUACGAGGAGCGUGCGGCCACCGCCGCGAGAACUGGUGAGGGUGGGAGCAGGAACGGCCGUCCAAAGUGGAUGCAGGAAGUUCCUGAGGGCGAAGGAGGCGAGGGCGAGCGGACAAAGGCUGACCGCAAUGGAUUUAGAGAUGAUGAUGAGGUGCUCCCGCCCAAGCCGUCAAGGCCUGCUACUCAACCGCGAUCGAAGCAGACAGAUGCCCGUCCGCCCGAGUCCCAGCCAUCUACGUCUGAAAGGGCAAAGGUGGGGAACCUGUUUUCCGACGACCCUCCGGUUGUGUAUACCUCUCCAUUCCGAAGGAAAGCACCCGCACGUAACCCCGCUCUGACGCCCGCUGCUCCCGCCAAAGUAACGUCCUCCGUCAGACCCACCCCUCCUCGUGCUCCUUCUCCCAUUCCCCUCGUCCAGCGUAAGAAUGUGUCCGCUUCGCCUGCCGCGAUUACAAGCUCUGCUCAGCACAAGGCCAAGGGCACGGAGAUGUUCAAGCUCGGUCGAUAUGCAGAGGCGGAGACGGCAUACUCCGCCGCGAUUUCUGGGUUGCCCAGCGCGCACCUGCUACUCAUACCAUUGUACAACAACCGUGCCCUCGCGCGAAUUAAGACGGGUGAUCACAAUGGCGCGAUCGAGGACUGCACCACAGUAAUCGAGCUCAUCGGGCCUGAGUACCACCCUGCACGAGAGGCGAAGGUGACAAAAGAGGACGAGGGCGCAAGCGUGGACUUGGCUGAGGGAAUGGUGAAGGCGCUCUGGCGGCGCGCGGAAGCAUACGAGGGCCGGGAGAAAUGGGACGCUGCCCGCAAGGACUGGGAGGCCGUCGCUUCCGUGGAAUGGGCCGGCAAGGCGCGAAUGGAGGCCGUGCGCGGCGUUGGGCGCUGCAAGCAGAUGCUCAAUGCAGACGCAAACGGUGGCGCCCCCAGUGCGCCUAAAUCACGUCCAGCGGCCAAGCCGAAGCCGCGGCCCUCAAGACCCCCAGUGGCUGUACCGACCGAGGCCCUCAACAGGGUCCGGGAGGCAAACCAAGCAGCAGAGGCAGAGGACCAGGCCCGGCACGAGUUGAAAGACGUCGUCGAUGCUCGCCUAGUGGCAUGGAAGAACGGGAAGGAAACGAAUAUCCGUGCGCUUAUUGCCAGCCUGGAGACAGUUCUUUGGCCGGAACUAGGCUGGCAAAAAGUGGGAAUGCACGAACUAGUGACGCCCGCACAGGUCAAGAUACGAUAUACGAAGGCUAUCGCGAAAUUGCAUCCUGAUAAGGCACGUUUCCAGCCCUUAUCAAGGCGUGUGCUGACCAGACGUCACCUACUAUGA